AUGGCAACGCAGGUGUUGAUUGCCCAUACGGGCCAAUGCCUGCGAGUAGACGUCUCUCAACUCACAUCGCUGGAUGAUUUCAAGUCCUUGGUGGCGCGGCACGUCUCGAUUCCGGCUCAAUGUAUCAUUACCUUGACCCCACAGGGCAAGCCUCUGAAGCUACAGACAAUACAACUUGAGACAGAAAUAUUUGUAUACGACAAUAGAUUAGCGCAACCCCUUUCGACCGGCGCAUCGCCUGGCCCGAACCCCGAACUCCAGGUCCCGAAACCGUACAUUGUUGAGAACCCGCCCAACUCGAUAGGAAACAGCAGAUCGGUACAAGCAUGGCAAGAACUGUUCAAAGUGAGGAGGGAGUGGGCUGUGGGGGUGGUGGAGGACUGUCGGCGGAUGGCCGAGGACACCGAAGAGCGCUACCGUGAGAUGGAUGUUAUGAUGCGUUGCCUCGAUGCUGCCGAAGCCAACUUAGAAUCCGUUAUCAAGAGUGUCGAGCCAAGGUAUGCAGAGCUUCGAAAGUGGCUGCCGGAAGCACGAGCCGAUUACACCGCCUUAACAGCUGGUUGGGAACAAUAUCUAUCGUUUGCACGGAGCAUCCCGGUUUCGCCGAUUAUGGUGCGGUUCAUGACGCGACGCGACCUUGGAGACGCCAAUGCACGAGCGCAGCGGAAGGCGACCCUGGAAGACUUAGUGAACCUGGAGAUGGCACGGAGGACGGGCGGCCACGCUGCCGCGGCACUUCGCAAUUUUAACACCCGAGCCGCAGCUCUCGAAAAAGCUGGCACCCGUCUGUUUCACGAUGCCGAGGACGUGUUUCGCGAGUACGAGAGGAUCAUUGAGCAUCACACGAAACCUCGCGAAGGUGAUCCCCAGCAGCUCGUAGGAGACAUCGAAGCCUUAGCCACGAAGAUCGGCACCGACUACGAGACAACCCUUGGCUACGCCAACUCCAGUCGGGACGCGGUCGUGCAGGCUUCUAAAUUGGCCUCCAACCAUACCGAACGCCUAUUGCCGAGCAUGAGUACACGGGCUUUGGAAAUGGAUGAGAUGCUUCGUUAUGCAACGCAAGCGAGAAAUUUGCUAGCCGUGGAGUCACUAGAUUUCAUGCGCGGCCUCACAAACAUCACAGCCCUGAGCCACACCGUCAAAUCGCAGCUCAAUGGCAUGCACCAGGAAGAAGAGUUUGCCACAUUCGAUUAUCUUAGGCUGAUCCAGCAAGUGCCAUACAUGUACGCAAGUUUUGUUGCGGAAGCCAUCAAACGGCGCGAAUGGUUUGACAAAAUGAAGCAGGAUUCAUCCACUCUUGCAAAUGAGGCUGCUCUUUUCCAAGAGGAAGAGGUCAAACGACGCCGGAGGUGGUACAAAUCUAUUGACAAAACCUACGGCCCAGAAAGUCUGGGUCUGGAUAGCGCAGUUCCUGGCUUGGAAGUGAAUCUCCAUGGGGAAGAGGAACGGUGGCCAUCUACAACUUACGAGGAUCUCGAGGAGUUUCGAGCGUUAUUGCAAGCCCAUAAGGUCGACCCUAGGAUUGCCGAAGACAUCGAAAAAAUGGCGUCAGAAAUGGGCAAGCCCACUAGACAGCAAUCCAAGCGGAUGAAGGCAUUCAAGAACGGCAGCGUCCACGAAGCCGCGUUGGGGCGCAGCGCCUUAUUGAUUCGCGGGGAUGACGACCUCUUGCAUUCCUUGCAAGACGACAAAAUCAAGCUCGAAAGCAAGCUCAAGACGGCCGAGAGCCGUGUACGAAGACUGGAGGAUUUACUUCACCGGCAGACCCAAGCAUCACGGCCGAGCCUGGGCAACCUUUUUCACGCCCCGAGUCAGCAAUUCUCUGACCGAGUAGACUCCACCAUUUCGGUCAAAUCCCCGGUGCUUUCGGAAGAUCGGAGAGGUUCAGCGGAGGGGACAGACAUACUCGCUCAGCGUGUGCAGCAUUUGGAAGAGCAGCUGGCUGCUGAAAAGGAACGGUCCGCGGCACUGGAGAAAGACCUGGACGGGCAAGCCGCACGGUUUGGCGACGUUAAGGGCCAAGUGGACGAGGCCAACUCCACCAAGAAGGAUCUGCUAGAAAAUCUUGAGGCUCUCAAGCGAGAGUUUACCGAAGAACGGCGAUCACUGGAAGGCGAGAUCAAGCGCCUACAGGCACGGUUGGAAGACACUGAGGAUGAGAUCGACCACUUCGGCGAGUCCAGAGAGAACGAGAAGGUCACAUUCGAUGAAACAAUACGAGCGUUAAGAUUUGAGGUCGAGCGGCUGACCAAGGAAAAGCACGACGAGACGCUCAAGUCAGAUGGGAAGCUCAACUUCCUACGGGAGGAAACGCGUCUCCAUCGUGAGACUCUAGAUGCACAGGAAGUAAAACUUCAAGCAGCCCAGGGCGAAUCUAGGAACCUUCGAAAGCAGCUGGAUGCGAUGAGCGAGACAACCGACGUGCAAUCUAAGGCACUGCAUGAACUUUGGGAACAGGUUUCGCUUGGCGACCCCGCCCCCGACGAUCUUUCCGAGCUUGUCGACGAACUCUCGAUAAGGGUCGGCGAUGCCGUAGCCCGGGCGCGAAGCUUGGAUAGCGACACAUCGUUGCUCAGGUCUGAACUGGAGUCGGCACAGAGUGACGUGAAGUCAGCCAGGGCAGAACAGUUAGCCCUAGCAGAACGAUUGUCAGACAUGGAGGCCGCAUCAAUCCGGUCCCGCGAAACGGUGGCGGAAGAGCGUGCCAAAGUUGCAGCUCUCGAACGGGAGUUGGUCGACGGCCGCGAGCAGUUAAGCCGACUACGCAUUACGAUUGCUGACGGGGAGACGGGUUCCGAGUCCCUUCGAAAACAACUGGAAGAAGAGGAGACGAAGAUUGCGCUAGUCACAGAAGAAUUAGCUUCUCGCCAGUCACAUGUUGGUAGCCUGGAGGAGGAAGUUCAACACAUCAAGGGAAAGCUACAGUAUUCACAAGGGAAACUCUCAGAUCUUACGGCCUUGUUCGACAUGCGAUCUGUACACGCAAAAGACCUCACACAACGCCUGUACUCACAGAAUGAGCGCCUCAUUCAUCUGCUUGACCGGCUAGGGUUUUCGGUGACUCGUCAAGACGGCAGCACAACGAUUCAGAAGGUCCCCCGUUCCGAACGGUCGUCACAAAACGCCAACGACUCUGACCCUGGCUCCUCACUUCGCCGGUCAGGCACACUUAGUAGCCGUGCUGCUAUGGUUAGUAGUGCGGACCUCAACCUCCUUGAUUGGGUGAGCUGCUCCGAUACGGAGUCAGAGUUGGGCAGGUACCAGGCUUACAUCUCCACGCUUGGAUCGCUCGACAUGGAUGCCGUUGGCGAGGCCGUGUACCGGCGUGUCAGGGAUGUCGAGCAUCUGGCUCGCAAGCUACAGAGAGAUGCCCGAGCAUACCGUGACAAGGCUCGCGCGCUACAAAAGGAGGCACAUGAGAAGAUUGCUUUCAAAAACUUCAAGGAGGGCGAUCUUGCCUUGUUCCUCCCGACACGAAAUCAAACGACGGGGGCAUGGGCUGCCUUCAACGUCGGAUUUCCACAUUACUUUCUCCGAGAGCAGGAAACGCACCGCCUACGGAACCGGGAGUGGUUGUUGGCACGAAUCUCGCGAGUUCAAGAACGUGUUGUUGACCUGUCAAAAUCACUCAAGAACCCUCCGCAGACAGGCAAGAAGACCGGUGGUGCCGAGUCCGAAUCUCUCAACGAGGAUGACAAUGACAAUCCGUUCGAUUUGUCUGACGGGCUCCGUUGGUAUCUUCUCGAAGCUGCGGAAGACAAACCGGGGGCACCGUCAACACCAGGCCUUGCCAAGAGCACAGUCGCGGCUAACAACGUGGAAGCCGUUGCCGAGCGGCCCACGCAAGGGCGAGGGGGGCCCAAAGGAGGAGUUCCUGGUAUUCGAGGCGCAGUCGCAUCGGGGAUCGAAGGGGUGAGCAAGACGCUGUCCAAGAGCCUUGAAAGCCGCCGGUCUAGCACAAGCUCAAGGAAAGCCCUCCCUUUUGCGGGGGCGUUGCCAAGGAGCCGGGAUAGUGCUGUGGCCAGCGAGACUAAUUCUCUCCGUGCCGCGCCCGUCGACGGCGCUUCAUCAACGAGCCCAGCGCAUCACGAUUCGCCGCAGCCUCCCCGGCCGACCGACGAGGAGACAACGGGGGGCACGGUGACGGACCUCAAACCAGCGGAUCCUCGUUCAGAGCAGCAGCCACCACAGCCACAGCGGGGGAUUCCCAAUGAUAUAGACCAUCUGAUAGGGCCUUAA